CUCACAAACAAAAGUGCAAAUAUCCGCUUUCCGUGGACAAUCGCCAAGUUGCCUCUUGUGCAGGUCUCUGCCACUGCUCGCCUGGCUGCCAUGACUUCGUGCUCGAUGGGCAUCUUGCCGUUAUAACUUGAGCCGUCUACUGCGGCGAAGCUUCCUUGGUGGGCGUCGCAGGGAGCACCGGCAACGGACGGGGCGCCGCGUGCCUAAUGCUCGUGAUCUCGCUCAUUCGCUGGCUUGCGGCUUUAUUGCCGCUUGAUUGUUCCACCACACCGCAAAAGUGCAACGAGACUCUCGACAGUACCCGCCUGCGUUCUGUUGGUCGAAUCGAGACACUUGCAACCACUUCACCACCGCCAAAGCUGUUGCGAUGGGGAACAGCGGGAGUUGCCCAGUCUACGACGGAAAUUUCGUCCGCGCCGACGCCGUCGCAGUGAACUGCGGUGCCUGCCUUCCUCCAGUAUCAAAUGAUUCCUGGCUCAUCUUCCACCUCGUACUGAGCUUCGUGCUGGUCGCCUAUGUGCGCUGGAGCCGCGUGGUCAUCCACACUCACGCCUGCAACGACCGCGAGUUGCCUGCGUGCUGCCAACGGCAUCUGCAUCAUACACAGGACCACCCAGUCGAGGAGGAAACCGAGACGAUACCUGAGAAGAAAGAAGACACUAACAACACUCAACCAAAGGAGAACGAGGUGUUGCCGCUCACACCAACCUUAUCAGCUGAAGAGGAACGUGAUGCAGCAAGACUCACCGCACUUCGGAGCGAAUACGCCUCGUAUUUACAGAUGCUUAAAGUGGGUCUACCACGGGUCGUGGUUAACCACAAGAUGCGGGCCGAAAACAAGGACCCAAACGUAUUGGACGAACUUAUUGCAACUCCAAAGGCGAAGAAAGUGCCAACACCUAUUGAAAUCCCAAAGGUAGAAGAACCAGUUGAGGAUAAAGACCCAGAACACACGCAAAAGGUUGAGUCAUUCAUCAGGAUGAUUAAGGUGGGUGUCCCGCGUCAUGUUGUGGAGAUGAAGGCCAAGAGAGAAGGCGUAGACCCAGCUGAGUUAGACGGGAAGACUGGAGCUGUGUCCCCGGUAAAUUCUUCAGGCGAUAGUGAGGCCCCUCCAGCAAGUCUAGCUGCUCGAUCCAGACGCUCCAGUAUCAGUUCUGUCGUGUCGACAGCGCCUUCCACGCCUGACGCAAUGACCACGCGUGCUGCCUCAACUGUGACUAGUCAUAAUGGCCGCACAUUGGCAAUGAUGGCACUGCGUAAGAUGAACAAUGGGAUGCGCAAAAAGCUGCACUGGUCGACAACGCCAUACACUGGAGCAGUCAUUCCAGCUCAACGCCGUGACUCCCUGUGGAGUAGAAUCCAUGCAAAAGAUAAACUCGAUCGUGUGUGCAUUUCAAGUGAAAGUCGACGUUGGAUGGAGAAACUGUUUGUCAAAGUUGUGGCUAAAGCAAAAGUCAGUCGACGACGAACCAAUAGUGGAAAUACUGCUACACCAGAGAAGAAACAGUCGCAGUCACGCUUCGAACAGGAGAAGCGUGAGCGUGCAAACUCCGAUCCCGCUUUCUUUGACGAACCGGAAGUGGAGGUUGAACCGGAUGUCGAGGUGGAUGGAGAGGAGGAAGUGGCGAAAGACCCGGGCAGUGCGUUCUUGCACCGCAAGAUGUAUGUCGUACUUCUUGACCACAAAAAAUCACAGAACAUUGCCAUUGUACUGGCACGAGUGAAGCGAACUUUUCCCGAGCUCACGCACGAAAUUUUGACGCUGAACUGCGACGUGUUGUCCAGUCCAGCACUGCAGUCGUUGAUUGACAUGUGGCCUGACAGUGCGGAGCAAGAAGCAAUUGACCAAUUCGAUGGUGACGUGACGAGGCUAGCUACGGCGGAGCAGUUUUUGAUAGUCGCUCGCAAGAUCCCGAGGGCACAGCAGAAGCUACGCUGUCUUCAAUUCAAGAUGGAUUUUGCUCCACGAGUCGAGGAACUUCGUGACAAUUUGAAGCUACUCAUUCGAGGUAUCCAGCAAGUGUGUGCAAGUGAUCGUUUCGCUGGCGUGUUGGAGUAUGUUUUCCACUUGGGUAAUCUAUUGAACUUCGGCGAAGGAGUGGAGUACACGAAAUGGGUGAAGAGUAUUUCCAUCAGCUCGUUGGCAAAACUCUCGUUCACAAAGGCCUACGACGGACGGAUAUCUUUCCUACAGUAUGUCAUCCAGUCUGUCGAGGUAAGCGCUGCAGCUUUCCUAUUCCUGUGAGACCUGUAUGUAACGUUUUGCAUGCAUUCUCUUUACAGCGUGAUGAGCCACACCUCGCAUUGUUUAGUGACCAAUUGCCACUAAUAACCAAGUGCAGUAAACUCUCCGUCCAGAGUCUAUUUGCCGAGUACCAGUCACUCAAAGGCGGGCUUCGUAUGCUGAUCAACGAGACGCAAAAAGCUGCAAUAUUUAAGACUGACGACACCGAUUUACGGGCAGAUUUGGCUGAGUCACGAGAAAGUAUGAGAUUGUAUGCCAUGGAGGUCGAACAAGAGCUUGACGGCGUGCAAAAGCUCGUGAAUCAAUUGGAGAAAGAGAGAAAACACUUUUUGAACUACUUUGAGGAAGAAGAUACUUUACCAAUCGACGAGUUGCUUGGUUUUAUCGCCAGCUUCGCGGAGGAAUACUCACGUGAGCGACAACAACUUAUUCUUCGUGCUCGACGUGCACAGAAGGCCAACCACAACCGCUCGGCGUCGAGCAACUCGUUUUCUCUUAAGCGUCACAGUUUGUAAGACCUGACACCCUUGUGUCAUUCAUUUAUUAGUUUAGCUGUCGGCUAGCGCAUUUAAAUAUUUCCCAAAUGCCAAUAUGAAAUUCUGAUCCAUCGACAUGACUCGACA